AAAUGACAAGCAGACAGCAUGGGCUUUCGAAAUCACAGGGUUGGGACAGAAACACUACGGAGGUUCACCAGAUAGCGGGGUCAAACCAUGGCACUCUUUGGAGUCUUUCUUCUGGGUAUCACAGUGCAACUUCACACAGUUAGCUGUGACUUAUACUUACACAUUCCAAGGGGAAGUAACAACAGGCUCAAUGAGAGGUCAGCAGCCAGAACUAAUAACCAGCGAAUGUUUGACUCUCAGAACAAUAACCGAGGAGGCUAUAACGUCGGGGAUGCAACUAAAGACUCAGCCAACAAUGAUGAAGGAAAGCAAUAUAGAAUGAAAUAUUUCCAAAGCUCCAGUGGCCAUAAUUCAAAUGAAGGAUUGUCAUAUCUGAUGGUACACUGGACCAAUCAGCAUGGCUGUGGGGGGAAUGAAGAUACGGAUCCUCAGAAACAGAACUGUAACCUCUUGCUUCAGUACAUGUGCCAGGAGGACACAGACACGCCCACAGGUACUAAGGACACUCUGAGGAAUGGGGUUCAGACAGCAAAACAAGACUACACAAAACCUUCUGCAACAGAAACAAAAUCUCAGAUGAAUAAUCGACGUAAUCAAAAUGUGAAGUCACAGCGUGGUUUGCAUGAACCAUGGUCAUGGUAUGACAUGUGUUACAUCAGGGAGAGAAAUAAAGGGCUGUUCACAGCUGAUCAGUCUCUGAAGAAAAACAACCUGGGGUACAGUAGUGCAGUGAACACCCGCCAAAACCCAGGGGGCACCCAGUAUGGCUAUGAAUGCCCAGAAGAGCGGGAUUACUACCCUUACUGGCACCCUACUCCCUGGAAGGACAUUGCUGUGCUGGCACAGAAUGCUUCCCUAUGCAGAUAUUACCAGAGUGAAAGUUUCAAUGUGAAAGACCAUGGGCUGUGUAUCGAGACCUUUCACGAUGGAUCUAUCAGAAAGGCUUCUCGCUGGAACAACAAAGCACAGUGUGAAGAAAACAGCGGACAGUGGGAGUUUUUUUCUAACUACCUAGAGAAAGCUCCAGAGUUUACAUCUGAGAGGGAUUGUGUGAACUCCAAAGCUGGAGGUCACCGCCAUAUCUGGGCUGUGCCUUAUGACGCUGAGGAUUUGACUACCAAAGAGUGCCUUGUUGCCUUGGAGGCUCCAGACUGCAGCGAAGCUCCCUGGUCCAGGUCGAACCACCUUGGAGAUGGCCGUGGUGGUCACACACUCAAUUACACAUGGACUCUUCCUUUCUUUCCAUCAGGGGACACCAAGAGAUGUGUGUUCAGGAUGAGGUACAAUAUAUCAACAGAUGACUAUGACCCUUACUACACAAAUUCCAGCCACAACUACAAUCUGCAAACUGGUGUUGUUUCUCCUGUGACUCAGAAUCCGUAUGUUGACAUUGGUGCCGGGCACUCCCCUCUGAGACUUGCAAUCAACACUGCUCAGUAUGGACGGGUGUUUCAGGAUCGCUCCCAUGUCUUCUUGCUGAGACCCAGGCCAGCUGGUUGGAAUGCCAGAAACAUUCAUAACCUGAACAUACGUGGGAAGAGAGGCAACAUUGUCCAAGUGUACCCAGCUGUGGAAUAUGACUUCUACCCAACCAGUCUACAGAUGAAAGACGGGGAUUUAGUUCAUAUCCAGUGGACAGGGUCAAACAGUCAUAAUAAUGGUCAGCCUGCAGGUGACGGCCAAGCAGGGGAUGAUGGGGAAGGCAAUGGAGGAACAGACAGAAAUAAUCUAGUCCAGAUUAAGGACAUGAAUGAGAACUAUCCUAUGCCUUUUGAAAACUCAAACCUAUGGACAGGGGCUGAGAUAUUCUGGCACCAUAAAGGUAUCAUGGGAGUGAGUGCCAAGGACCUUGCUGUAAGCAUGGCAACAUCUGGGUAUUACAGUUGUGUAAAGCGAACCACUUGUGGAGGAGACUCUGCGGAGGGAACAGCUGUAAAGGUGGACAAACUGUUGAAUAAUGCACCUGCAUCUUACGAGGGAGCUGUUGUGAGGUUCACAAGAGGCACUUACCAUUAUAUGUGCACAAGGAAUAACAAUUACACAAACAGGAGCCAGAAGGGAACUAUCAUCGUCGCCUGAAACUGGUCAGGCAGCACUGUGGGAGCAGAGUUCAGUAUUACAUAUGGUCGUGGUGAAAAGGGAACAAGGGUGGACUGGUUCCAUCAAAUUAUAUGCUGUUUCCUGUAAUUGUUUACGAUUUUGACCGGAGCAAAAAUGAACACACACACACAAACACACAAAAAAAAUUUUUAUUAAAGAAAUAAAAAGCAUGUAAAGUAACCUUAUAUACAUGCGCAUUUUACCAAAAAGUAUACAUGUAUAUGAAUGGAAUAAACGCACUGAGGUAUUAAAAAUUUAAACUUUUUGUUUUUUUGGCGAUUAUGAAGUUCUGCAGAUCAUUUAAUAAGUGCCUGUGGUGAGAAGAUCGUUAUGCUGCAAUACAUAUACAGUACCAGUAUGUGGCAUUACAUUUGAUCUGUAGAGAGUUAUUUUCUGUAAGAAAAUUUUUAUAUUAAGAUUAUGUUUGUAUUACCAAUCAUAGUAACUUACAGUCUGCAUGUGACUGAAAAGUUUUGACGAAGUUGAUAACAGUUUAACAGGCUUUACGUAUGACAUGUUUCCAGAGAGUAAAUGGUAAUUUUAAGUGCGGACAUGCCAAAUCCUAUUUAUCAAAGGAAAGGAUAAUAAUACUAAUUUUUAUAAAUUAAUGUAAAAUCAACAAUAUUAUACCGUUCAGUAUGUCCAUGAGCGACUUAUUGAAUUAAUGUCUGUCUUACUCUGUAGGGGAUAUCCAGCAGGUUUUAAUAGACGUUGGGAUGAGAAAAACUUUAUCUCACCUCAUAAGCGUAUUAAGACAAAUUUCAACAAAAACUGCCAAUCAAAAUAUUAUCCCUUUUAUAUCUACUUGCAAUCCCAACAGUAACAAUAUAUUCCCCAUAAUACUGAAUACGUUACCUAUACAGAACAAUAGUACUAAAAUGAAAGAUAUCAUUUUAAAAUUUACAAUCAUUAAUAGUAAACGACAGAGCCCAAACCUGAAGAAAUUGUUAAUGGUGGCCCAUUUUUCAGAUAACCAGUGGAAUGCACGCGUCAGUAAAUGUAACAAACCUAGGUGUGGGGUGUGCAUCCAUAUAUUGGAUACCACAACUCACCCCUUAUUCACUCUUAAAAUGAACAUGUCCUGUGAAUUUAAUUAUGUUGUGUAUGCUGUUAUAUGCCAGGGGUGUGGCAAACAAUACAUUGGUCAGACAAUAGAUUUAAGAUCACGGAUAACCGUAACAGAUAACAGAUUUUUCUGAGAAUCGGUGAUUUCUUCUUGUUAGUCGACACAUUAGACAAUGUUCUCUCUCUGUGACACAGCCUUUCAAAGUCUUUCCAUUUUAGAAAGUUCAGGGUGGAAACCAAACUUUGCUAGAUGGUGAAGAAACUUUGUUUAAUAAUAAGUAUCAACCCUGUCUGAAUGGAAGCCAUUGGCCCUCGGCCACAGGCCUCGACCAUUUGACCGCACUUGUGUACUAAUUAACCAUGCAUUGUUAUACAUUAUUUAAGAAUGUUAUGUUUAAUGUACACAAUGAACUAUAUUAUGUUGUUUGAUUUUACACUAAUUUAUGAAGAUUAGUAUUGUUAUCCUUUUUGAUAUCUUUGUGUUCACAAAGUUUCGGCAUGUCCUAAUAUGUUGUCCCAGUGACCAUUUACUCCCUGGAAACAUGCCCACAUAUAAAGCCUGUCGAACCGUUAUACUUCGUUCCUUGGUAAGAACAAGACGUUUGAAACUGCAGUCGGAAUACAAAGAUGUAGAAUGUUGAGAAGUCUCAUUUGUUGUUUUUUUUUUAUUCUAUAUAUAGUGGUCUUUGUGGGAAAAUAUUCUGUAAUAAUCUGCCGUGGUUGACCCGGUAAAUACUUCAGCUACAACUAGACUGUGUCAUUAAUGUGCAUGGGGAAAUAACCCACUCGAUUUAAGAAGGCACACAAGAACAUUGCAUGUACUAGUCAUCAUUUAUUAUUGAAAGUGAUGCCUGUAUUUACAACUGUAAACUUCAUAAUGUUUUUAUAACUUUAAUUUAUAAACUUACAUCUGAAAAAUCAAAAGUUUCUAGUUUAUGUGGUAAUUACAUAUUCUGGUGACAUUUAUUUACCUUCCAAACGAUGGUAAAUUUUCACCAAAACCAUUCAUCUACAGGCAUUAUGUAGUUUUCAUUUCUUUGAGUUAUGAGACCAUAUUUGUUGUUUUCUGGUUUUCAUAUGCCUGUAUCCACUGAUAUAUUUUAAUUUGUGUUGUUUAACAGAAUUGUCUGCUGGACAGACUGGUUAUACACAAAUCGGAACAAUAAAAACCAUUUUAUAUCUCGUU